AUGCCUAUUCCAACUGAACAAAAGUGGAAAGAAAUUGCAUUAGAGUUUUGGACUUGCUGGAACUUCCCCAAUUGUUUAGGUGCUAUCGAUGGCAAACAUGUUACAAUCCAAGCUCCUUCUAAUAGUAGAUCACAAUAUUUCUGUUAUAAAAAAACAUUUUCUAUAGUUUUAUUAGCAUUAGUUGAUGCUCAUUAUAAUUUUAUAGCUGUAGAUGUGGGAAGUUUUGGUAAAAAUAGUGAUGGAGGCAUCAUGGCUCAUUCAAAAUUAGGGAAAGCUCUUGAUCAAAAUAAACUGAAUGUACCACCAAAAGAAGCGUUGCCAGGAACUACAAAUGAAGUACCGUACGUUAUUUUAGGCGAUGAAGCCUUCCCAUUAAAAACGUAUUUACUGAGACCAUAUCCCGGAAAACAGCUAGAUUGUAACGAAAAAAGAGUAUACAACUAUCGUCUGUGCCGAGCAAGACGAGUUGUGGAAAAUGCAUUUGGUCUAUUAUCACAAAAGUUUAAAAUAUAUAAUAGACGAAUGCAAGCUAAACCAGAAAAUGCUGAUGUAAUUAUAUUAACAACAUGUGUACUUCACAAUUUUAUAAAAAAAUAUGACGGGAAGUUAACUUAUGUUCGUGACAAUAAACAAACGAGUGAGGACCGUUCAACUCCUAUAAAUUUGACAAAUAUUUCAGUACAAGGUGGAAAUGCAACACGAGAAGCUUUUGGUAUCAGAGAAACAUACAAACAAUUUUUUAAUUCCCGUGUGGUUCUAUAA